AUGGAAACAGAAUUCACUAAUUUAGUUGAAGACGCCGGAGUUAAAAAACGCAUUCUCCAAGAAGGUUAAGGAGAAAUGCCAAUUGAUGGAUCAAGAUGCAAAAUUCUAUAUAAAGGAACUUUGGAAGAUGGAACUGUGUUUGACUCUUCAUUGGACAAAGAGAGUCCCUAUAAGUACAGAAUUGGAAAGGAGGAGCUAAUAAAAGGACUUGAUAUUGCCUUAAAAUCAAUGAAGGUUGGAGAGAAGGCUGAAUUGAAGAUUACACCAAGUUAUGGUUAUGGUGAUGAAGGAGAUUCCUUUAAAAAUGUUCCUAAGAAUGCUAAUCUGACUUAUGAAAUAGAAUUAAUUAAUUUUAAACAGGCUAAAAAGAAGAAAUGGGAAAUGACUCCUGAAGAAAAGCAUUAAGAAGCCAUUAAUAAAAGAACCAAAGGAACAGCAGCCUUUAAACAAUAAAACUUCAAGGAAGCUGAGAAGAUUUACAAGAAUGCUCUUUCCUAUUGUACUUUAACCACUGAUGAGGGCAAUGAAUUGAAAGCUAGUUUACAACUUAAUUUAUCAAUUUGCUGUUAUUAGUUAGAAGAAUACAAGGAUUCCUUAGAUUAUGCUAAGAAAGCUCUUGAACUAAAAACUAAUCAAUAAUAAAAGUUAAAGGCUUUAUAUCGAAAAGCUCUUGCCAACAUUAAGUUAGCUGAACUUGAAGAGGCAUUAGCUGACUUGAGAGAAGCUUUUAAAAUGGAUUCCACUAAUUCUGCUGUAAUUGAGGAAUUAUCAAGAGUCAAAUAAUUAUUGAAGGAAGCUAGGAUGAAAGAAAAAGAAAUCUAUUCUAAACUAUUCCAACAAAAACUUUAUGAUGAAUCAGAAAUUGAACCAAAAAAAAUAGAAAUUAAGGAGGCUAAAUCAGAAGGUUCAAGUUGCUGUGAUCCAAAUGAAAAAAUUGAAGAGGAAACCUAACCUAAACCAACUGUAGAGAAUAAAGAUGGAUAAAUAUAGGAAGAAAAACCUGAAGAAAGAGAUUAACCAAAGGGUGAAAAUCAAGAAAGCAACAAUAAAAUAGUUGAAGAAUCAGCAACAUCUGCUUGAAAUAAAUUUAAUUAUAUAUAUAUAUCAUUUUUAAUAUUUGUAUCAUAAUUU